GUCAUCGUGACAUACAAAUGUCAAACACAACAUUUUGUUCUUGAUUUUUCAAUCUUGAAUUACAAUUUUCACAAUAUUUCCCUGAAAAUGGUGGCGGAGGAAGGUGAUAACAAUGUUUUCAGGGGUUUUAUGGAUGCAGUGUUCAGAACUGUGGAUGCUCCAGUGACAUGGUUCAGAGAGACUGUUGUGGAACCAAACCAGAAGAAGUAUCCGUGGUAUCACCAGCAGUUCCGCCGCGUACCGACCAUCGACCAAUGCCACUCCGACGAUGUUGUCUGUGACUUCGAAGCAAAUCUACAGUUCAAACGUGAUAGAAUGGUUGACUCUGAGAUCUUGGGUAUCAUCAGACACCGUUACGAGGACUGCAUGAUGUACGAGAGGCCCGACCACUUGACAGUUUGCAAACCUCUUCUAGAGAAAUACAAGGAUGCAGAGGAAGCAUGGUUCAUCAAAUAUGGUGAUCUUGGUGCUUACGGUGAUGCGAGGAAAGCAUACAUGAAGCAGAAACACCGCAUGAUCUGGGAGAGGCGCCACGGCCCGCUGUCCAACCAGACCAAGGCAGAGUGUUGAAGAAGAAACAUGGUGGUCAAAUAACAUGUAUAAAUAAGUAGAUGCUAAUAAAGUUAAUGCAAUA